AUGAUUGAAUCUAAAAUCAUUGUUUUGGAUGAACCAACAUCUGUUCUUGAUCCAAUUAGCAGAAGAAAAGUUCAUAAUCUAAUUAACAUGUACAAAGGUGCCAAGACAUUCAUAUUGUGUACACAUAUUAUUGAUGAAGUUGAUGGUCUUUGCGAUGAGAUUGCUGUGAUGAUUGAUGGAUGUAUUCAUACAAUUGGAAGUCCAUCUUAUUUGAGUAAUAAAUUCGGUCAAGAAUGGAAGUUUGACUUGAUUUUAACCAAUAAGCAGCCAGAAACAAUGGAAAUUGCUGAGAAAUUCAUUGAAAUGAAUAUAAAGAAUGCAAAACUACUCAUCAAACACCAGAGUUCUAUUAUUUACACUGUUCCUUCGAAUGAAAUCACUCUUUCAGAAUUGUUUGCAAAAUUAAACAUUUUGAAGAAUGAACAGAAAGUUCUUCAAUACUACACUUGUACAUCAAGUACAAUUGAAAAUGUAUUCACAAAGUUAGUAGAUGAGUCACAUAAAUUUAUUACAGAAGAAUUUAAUGAAUUGUCUUAUGAUGUUGGUAACUAA